UUUAAGAUGCGACAUUUUUAUAUGAAAACACGAACGUCGCACGUAUCAGUUCAGUAACAGUGGAACCAUUGUGUAGAUCCAACAUGAAAAUAUACAAUUAUAUUCUCGCCUUCGGUUUAUUCACUCUAAGUGCACUGAAAUUCGCGAAAGCUUGUAAUGGAUACUCUGUGACACUCAAUCAUGUAAAAAAUUGCAUGACAGGAGGCGUUAUAGCUUUCAGUGGAGAUUCACAGGUGGUAUUCGAUAAAGAAUGCAAUCUGGCAAUGGCAGGUUGUGUUGAAAUAUCCAAAGAUUUCUCAACGAAUCAGUUGAAAUACACGAUCAAUAAAGCUCCAAUGCCUCCAAUUGAAGGAGAAAUAGAUGCCUGCGAAGCCGUAAAGAAUAUAAAGGAUACGACACUGUUGAGUGCUUUAAAAACGUUUUCGGUGCCAACACAAUGUCCUGUGAAAGCUGAAAAAAUUUGCAGUUCACUGGAUCAAAAGGUCAACUUAGGAAAGUACAAAAACCAAUUAGGAAUGGUAGCUGGGACUGUGGACAUCAAACUGGAAGGUAAACAUGACUCUGGAAAAUCCUGCUUGGAAAUCAACUUCACUUUAGCCAAAGAAAAAAGAGCAGGAUAAGUUUUUUAAUUCGUGGAUGAAAUUGUUUCAUUUAUGUAUCGAAAGAAAUUCAACUAAAUGUUUUCCAAGUG